GUUGUGAUCAAGUGGCGAAAAGUGUUUAUCAAAAAAAUGAGCUCCGCGACCAGCUAUAAACCCCAGAUAGUAUGGCCCAAUGUUAUAGUGAUGCUUUUAUAUCACUAUUUUAGCGGACUAGGACUGUACUACGUGUUAACUAUGACUCCAAAAUGGCAAACUCCAUUGUUCUCUUUUAUCCUGGCACGUGCAGGGGGUCUAGGUGUCUCAGCGGGUUCCCACAGACUAUGGUCCCACAAGGCCUACAAAGCGAAACUGCCCCUCAGAAUCAUGUUAUGUUUCUUCCAAACCAUAGGUUUCCAAAAUUGCAUCUACGAGUGGGUUCGGGACCACCGAGUCCACCAUAAAUUCACGGACACCGACGCCGACCCCCACAACAUCAACAGGGGCUUCUUUUUCUCCCACAUGGGCUGGCUGAUGGUGCGAAAACACCCGGACGUCAUCAAACGAGGAAAAACCCUGGACUUGAGCGACCUGGAAGCCGACCCGGUAGUACGAUUCCAAAAAAAGUACUACGUGGUUUUGGCACCCGUUUUGUGCUUUGUGUUCCCGACGAUGGUGCCUUGGUAUUAUUGGAAUGAGGAUUUGUACAUUUCGUUUUGCGUAGCUGGGAUGCUUCGUUAUGUCCUUACUUUGCAUUUUACUUGGGUGGUCAACAGUGUGGCCCAUACUUGGGGUACUAAGCCAUACAACAGGUCGAUUAAAGCUACCGAAAACAAACUGGCGGCAGUACUAAGUGGUGGCGAAGGUUGGCAUAACUACCAUCAUGUUUUCCCAUGGGAUUACAAAGCAGCAGAAUUGGGUACGUCUCCCCAUAAUUUGUCGGCGAUUUUUAUUGACAUCAUGGCCAAAAUUGGGUGGGCGUAUGAUUUAAGAACUGCCUCGCCGAAAAUGUUAAAGGAAAGAAGAGACGAAUCUGGUACUGAUUUCGAGUCGUCGUACUAGUUCGUGUUUAUUGAACAUUACAUUAUUAUUUAUAAGGUUAAAAGUCUACGUCUUACGUUUUAUUUAGUAGCUUUUAAUUUUUCCAAUUACUUAUAUUUUAAUACUGUAUUGUUACAUCAUAUUAAAGUAAUUAUAGAAA